AUGUUCGGGGCCCUGAACCGCUUCAUAUCGAGGCUGGACGCCGCCCCGGAAGACCAGAGUCCCGCCUCCCAGGGCGGCUAUGGAUUCCAGGUGUUACGGAAUACGAACCCGGAGGUACCGCUGGAGCCGUGGUUUGAUUUCAUCAUUGGGAUCAAUGGGCACACGAUUGAUAAUCCAGAUCCUAAUCUGUUUGCGACCGAAGUGCGGAAUUGCGCUGGGACUACCGUCAGUCUAGGUAUCUACAGCGCAAAGGGCCAAAAGAUCCGCGAAAUCUUCCUCCCCAUCCCCGCCUCCUCACCCACCCUCGGCAUCUCCCUCCAAUGGACGCCCCUCUCCACCUCGUACGACGUCUGGCACAUCCUCGACGUGAUCCCCAACUCGCCCGCUGAACAAGCCGGCCUCCUCCCUUACGGCGACUACGUAAUCGGCAGCCCGGAGGGACUCGUGCGAGGGGAAAGUGGUUUGGGGGAAUUAGUCGAAGAUUUCCUCAACCGCCCGCUCCCCCUCUUCGUCUACAACCACGAAUACAACGUCACACGCCCCGUCACCAUCACCCCCUCGCGCACCUGGGGCGGCGACGGCGCCCUCGGCUGCGUCCUCGGUUUCGGCGCUUUGCACCGCAUCCCUGCUCCCCUGGAGGAACCGCCCCAGGCACCCGGCGAGACGCUUUUCGCCGCUGGCACUGGUGCUGGCACUUCGCAGCACACGUCAUUCGACGAGAAGAGGGGUGGACCUGAGGCCGGGGGGACGGGAUUGGUAGGAAACGACGCAGCAGCAGCAACGGCGGCAGCGGACGCAGGUCUCGACGACUAUUUCCGCGAGGGCGAGAUCAAGAGCCAGGAGGAGGAUUAUGCGCCCCGGCCCAAGGGUGAUGUGCCUCCUCCGCCGAGGGUGGGGGCUGCUGCUGCUGCUGGGCCGCCGCCCAAGGGAGGUCCGGGAGGUCCACCGAGGAGUGGGACGGGCACGCCGGUGCAGGGUAGUGGGGAGAGGGAGGGCAAGAGUGAAGGAGGGGAGGAGGGCAAGCCGUGA